AAUUAAAUAUAUGUAUUUAAAUACGUUGCACACCUGUAAUGGGCAGUUUUGUUUGCUUGAUUUUAUUCAUUAAUUUAUUUGUUGUGCUUGUCAUCAUGAUUUACGCAUCACACCAUAACCUCGUAACCGGGUGGCCUAAAUAAGCAAUAUAAUGUAUGCAUUUGGUAGUUUAACAUCCUAACGAAAUUAUACGUAGUUGCUAUUUGUUCCUACACAGCCAAGCGUAUGUAAGUGUCCUAACAUUAGCAUGAAUGGGAGAUUUACACACAUGAUGGUGAAGUGCUUGUCAGUGACCCUCUGAUACAGGCCCGUCUGUCUGUGUGUGCUGCUAUAAAAGCUGCCAGCUCUCACACAGCGCCGUUAUUCCCCCUUCGCUUCUCCAAACACUUCACCGAGAGACGCACGUCAGGAUGUCGGUGGCUCUGCGCGCACAGCUGCUCCUCUUCCUCAUCUCCCUCUCAUCACGGAUGGGGCUCAGUCGCUACAUUGAGGACAACGAAGCUGCAGAGGGAUUAUAUUCUCUGCUCAGUUUGGACCAGAAAAGAGAUUCAGAGGAUUUUAUUUUCCGCCGACCUCUCAGAUGUUUGGACAUGCUGGCCACUGAUGGUUACUUCACUUUCGUGGCGUCUCGGCCUCAGCUGGCCUGUGCAGCUUUCAUCAUCGCUGAGCCCAGUGAGGUCAUCAGCCUGGAGCUGUCUGACGUCAACAUCGACUGCAGCGCCGGAGACUUCAUCAAGAUGUUUGAUGGCUGGGUGCUAAAGGGAGAGAAGUUCCCCAGCAGGCAGGACCACCAGCUACCUAUAAACCAGCGCUACACGGACUACUGCUCCUCCACAUCACCAGGACUCAGCACCCGCUCCUCUCAGAAUGUCGCCAUGAUCUUCUUCCGCAUCCACAGCCCUGACAGUGGCUUCACCCUCGCUGUCAAAAAGCUACACAACCCUUUCCCCUGUAACAUCAUGUCUCAGAGUCCAGAGGGCAGCUUCACCAUGGUGAUGCCACACCAGCGCAGGAACUGCAGCUUCUCCAUCAUCUACCCUGUGGAGAUCCGACUGACAGAUCUCAGCCUGGGGCAGGCCAAGAGCAAUGAGCUCAGCCCACAGAGACAGCUGUGGACGGGCUGUUCAGGGUCAGGUGACUAUGUGGAGCUGCUAGGGGGGAAUGGCGUGGACACCUCUAUGAUGUUCCCUGUAGCUGACCUCUGCUUCUCCCCCAGUGGGCUCGCUCAGAUGAAGAUUGGUUGUGAUAACUCAGUGGUGAGGCUGGUGUCCAGUGGGAACUAUAUCAAUCGUGUUUCCUUCCAGUACCGACUACUGGAACAACAUGAGCUCCCCAAGACCCGAGAGAACGCUCUGGAUAACUUCUGCUCCGUGGAAUGAGAUCACACACACACAGACA